UGCUUCAUCAUUCAUCAAAGUGUCUUACAAAAAUAAUGAUGUAUUUUAAAACACCCCUUUCAAAGCCCUGAUGCUUUUAUGACGCUUGUAUUUAGCCCAAUAGCAAGGUUGGUACAACCAGUAGACAAAAGAAGGGAAGCCUAGACAAACUGGUCUGCAACAUCUAGUGUUGGCUCGAAGUCAUUGCACCUGUGGAUUCUUCGAUGUCUGGCAGAAGGAAGUCCGACAAGCCAAGCCAGGCCGCUCCAAGCCUCGUGCGUCUCCUGAUCCGGAUGUCAUGGAGGACAGUUCACAAAAUAAGUUGAACCAUGCAGAGCAAGACGCUGCUAAUCAUGGCCUACAUCCGCUUGGCCUUCAUCUUUGGAAUCAUUGCCAUUAUGACCUCUCUCCCCUCAGCCGUCAUGAUUGGCGUCAUCUUCAUCCCAGCAUGCCAAGCUGGCAUCAUUCCGUCUUGGAUGGAGAAAUAUUUCCCUUCAUUUUAUAAUAGACAGGCUACUGAGAACUUGAACGAAAUUGAGAAAUUCAGGCCUCUGAUGAAGACUGUGAAACAACGUCUGGACAAGAUGGACCAUCAGAUUGCGGAAGCUGCGAAGGAAAUUGAGAGACUUGGACCAAUUGUCGACACGCUGAACAAGAACGCCACAGACGAAACCAACGCUGCGGUGGUGUUCUCAGCAUGGUUGGGAGAUAUUGGAUGUACCUUUAAGGCCAGGAAUGAGAAUAGAGCAUUGGUCUAUAAGAAUGUGCAGAUUAACAUGGGUGGCGGCUAUGACGCCAAAACAGGUGUUUUCACAGUCCCCAUCAAGGGCCUCUACUUCGUCACCUUAACCUGCGGCACAACUUCUAAAAAGAUUUACGCAUGGGUGGCAAAGAACAACCAAAACAGGAUGGUCGCAGUGGAGAUCAGCAAAAAAAGUAAAUGGAGAAGCGCUACCAACAGCCGGGUGGUGGAACUUGAGGUGGGCGACAAACUCCAGGUUUACUUGUUAGUCGGCUGUUAUAUCUACGGCUACAAUAAAGAGAGCACAUUCAGCGUUUUUCUCAUCAAGCGCACUUGAACUACAGGUGGGUGCAUCGAUCCUCAUAUUAGUAUCAUUGAUAUAGGGCAGUAUCAGAUGGAUCGUGGAGGGAUGACAUAUCAUUCAGUCCUCCUCUGUGUGCCCUACAGGUUGGUGCUUGAACCUGUGGCCAUGUGUACAUGGGCAACAUUUUAUUAAUCUGAUAAUAAUCCGGAUUUGAAUGUUACUAUGUACACUACCGUUCAAAAGUUUGGGGUCACCCAAACAAUUUUUGUGGAAUAGCCUUCAUUUCUAAGAACAAGAAUAGACUGUCCAGUUUCAGAUGAAAGUUCUCUUUUUCUGGCCAUUUUGAGCGUUUAAUUGACCCCUUAAAUGUGAUGCUCCAGAAACUCAAUCUGCACAAAGGAAGGUCAGUUUUGUAGCUUCUGUAACGAGCUAAACUGUUUUCAGAUGUGUGAACAUGAUUGCACAAGGGUUUUCUAAUCAUCAAUUAGCCUUCUGAGCCAAUGAGCAAACACAUUGUACCAUUAGAACACUGGAGUGAUAGUUGCUGGAAAUGGGCCUCUAUACACCUAUGUAGAUGUUGCACCAAAAACCAGACAUUUGCAGCUAGAAUAGUCAUUUACCACAUUAGCAAUGUAUAGAGUGUAUUUCUUUAGAGUUAAGACUAGUUUAAAGUUAUCUUCAUUGAAAAGUACAGUGCUUUUCCUUCAAAAAUAAGGACAUUUCAAUGUGACCCCAAACUUUUGAACGGUAGUGUACGUAUGUGGACCCUGAAAAAAAUGAUCUGAUUAUGACAUGCAUUUUCUUGCAUCACACCUUGAUCCGGAAUACUUUACGUUGACAUGCGCACCAUAUGCUGUAAUAGUAGAGGUGUGUCAUUGCUUGUGGUCUGGCGCCAUCUUUUGGACAGGUUUGAUCACUGCAGGCGCAGAAAAAGCAGUGACUUCCGCCGUAAACAAACGUAGCUUUGUGCAUUUGUCCGACCUUGUCACUGUAUUUAUUUAUCAUGCUUUUUUUCUGUUCACGACUUUUUUUUUACCUCUCUUUCUGAAAUGGAGCUGUUCCGUGCCUUUUAUGUUGCGAUAUGUACGGGUUGCCGCCCGUCUUCAUGUUACCACAUUCUGUGUAUGUGUCUGAGGCUCGCAGUUAGCACUUUUAAUAGCUGUAAGGUCGUGAAUAAAACAGCGCGUUAAGAUGAAAACCGGAUCCCCCUUUUUUGUUACAUCGACACAUGACACUCAAGGACAUCCCAGCAGGCCCAAGACAUUGAUACAACGUUGAUUAUACAUACAUAUCCUUUAGAAAUGACUUUGAAACAACGUUGCAAAACAGUUGUAGUUGUAAAUUGGGACAACGUUGAUGUCUUUUAUUUCGAUUAAUUGUGUCCAUGUGCGCAUAGCUAGUGUGUUCACCAACAUCAGGCAAGACUGGCCCUGGUGAAUGCCGGCUGAGUUGAUUUUCUACUCGGCACUCACUUCGCCCUCCUUGAGUUGAGUUGCGUUAUUGCAUGUGUGUGUGUUCAUGCAAGAGUUCCAACAGCGUAUGAUGCAAUGAAACAGGGAGCAUGACAAGCGACAUAGUGUAUUGUAAG